UUGUGUCAUUGCUUGAUGUCGAUCAUCGACAUGAUGUUGCUUCUCACCGAGCUUCCGACUACCGCAUAUUCAUCUUCUCUCACCAUCAAUCUCGUAUACCGUCCACUCUUUUGUCGUCGUUUUCCGGUCGUGGUAUAUGCUGAAGUGACUACUGAAGCAGCACCACAAUCACCCUCGGUGACCAAUAGACAGGGAACAGCGCCCGCGAAAGCGGCCGAGUACGCGUUAUAUUGA